GCCGGCAAAGUUCGAUACCUUUACAGCCAAAAACACCGUUUACAUGCGACUCUGAAAAUGUUGUUUCACAAACUUGCUAACGUGGUUUUAGGUUCGCGUGCCGCGAUCGUUCGCGGACUAUCGGACUACCACCGGUGGACUAACGUGAAAACGUUGCAGCAAACCGUCGAUCCAUACACGAAAAUACAGAUCGACUGUGCGUACGAGUUGAAAAUCGUACCUUACGAUCUUCUCGAUUGUCCUGACUCGAACCUACUGAAGGCGACCGUUAAGGCGGACGGCGACACAGAUGCUUUUGAACUGAAGGUAUCGGAAAAACUCAUUACGAUCACAAACAAUCCAAACAGCAAAGGUGUACAGUGUAUUCUCGAAAUACCGAUAAAGGCGGAUCUGGAAAUUCACAACAAUGGAAACACGGCUAUUGCCGAUCUUUACAGUGACGAGAUAGAAAUCGUAGGGACCGGCAACAUCGACACCAAGAACUUGAGGUCUACAACGGUACGGUUGGAUAGCACAGCGGGAAACAUUUCCUGUCGCGGGAUAACGCUUGCCCAACAGGUAGUUGCUCUUGCCGCUGGCAAGGGAAGCAUUUUUCUGGACAAACUGCAAGGUGGCACGGUGAGUGCAACCACCCAGGCAGGUAAUAUUACGGUCAAUGCCUGCUAUUCGAACCAGAGUUCCUUUCAAACGCAGCUCGGAGACAUGGAUUUGAAGAGCAUCCACAAGGACUGCACCGUGACCUCUGCGGGCGGCCAAAACCUAGUCAUGAAUGGAUUCUAUGGAACGCUUCAGGCAAAUAUUGGUAGCCGGAACAUUACGCUGCAGCUUUCAGAGAUAGUCGGCAAAAGCAGCAUCCAAGCGCCAUCGGCCGAGCUGUUGCAAUUGAACCUUGCCGAAACUGUGUACGAAACGGCGUGCAUUACUGUGAACGCUCCGAAAGUGGAUCUUGAUGCCAGCCUAGACGAUAAAGUGCCCAAGCGGAACGCGGCCGGUGUAACACUGGGCAAGGCUGGCACGGGCAACAUGCUACACGUGGAAACGAAUGGAUCGGUUACGAUGCAAAAGAUGUCCUGGGCGGACAGCUUUUCUUUUAUCAGCAAAAUGGAGCACUAAUGGCCAUCCGUUGGGUGUGAUA